AUGAGGUUCCUGGGGCAAGUUGGACAUCAACAGAACUAUCAACUCAUGCACAGGCACAUAGUGGAAAAAAGAAGGGAAGUUCUGCUUGUUGGUACCAAGGUUAAUCUGAACUGGCUUUACGAAGUGAAAAUGUUUCUUAAAGUACUUGUGUCUCAGGGUUGCUUUACUACAGGAACUGCACCAGGAUUUGUUUCAGUGACGGAAUUCAAGAAGUUGGAUGAAAACAGUUACGAGGAGUUUGUGGUGGAGAACGUGAAAGACGAAGUGGCUGUGCUGGGUUACUCAUCCGGAACAACCGGUAUCCCGAAGGCCAUUGAACUUACGCAUAUGAGCCUGAUGCCCAGUUUACCUUGCCCCGGGCUUCAUAACCUCUACAAUGACCAAGAUAUUGUUGUUUUCCGGGUGCCUAUUACGUCGUCUUCUGGGUAUCGGACUUUCCUGCGAACAUGGGCAUCUGGAACGACGAUUGUUCUAUUACCGAAAACAGCCAGCACAACAGAAGUCCUAGACGCCAUCACGAAGAACAAGGCAACAGCAGUGUUGGGGAAUUCGACCAUGAUGUUGGAGCUCGCCAAGAAGAUUCAGGAAAAAGGCAUCCGAUUGGAUUCUGUCAAGAAAGUUUUUUUAGGUGGUACAACUGCCACGUAUGAGACUAUGAGACAAAUAGAGCAGUCGUUUGAUCUGGCAAUAAUCAGGAACGUUUAUGGAAGUACAGAAACUGGCGAAAUUUGUACGCCCCCAAUGGAUGCAUCAAAGUGGUACGGCAUUGGAUUUCCAGCUCCAAAUGUGCAAAUUAAGAUAGUGGACGUGAAGACUGGGGACGUGCUUGGACCAAACGAAAAAGGAAUGGCAUUAGUGAAAACGCCGCGUGCUAUGAAGGGAUAUUAUGGAAAUCCCGAAGCAACAUCAAAGACCAUCAUUGAUGGUUGGGUGCAAACAGGUGACAUUCUCUAUUACAAUGAAGAUGGCCAUUUCUUCUUCGUUGAAAGGACCAUCCAUGUGUUCUGGUGUAUGGGGAUCCGCGUGGCACCUUCCUCGAUUGAACGGGUCUUGCUCAGCCAUGAAGGAAUUGCAGACGCUGCAGUGAUUGGCGUUCCUCAUCCAGAAUAUCUGAAAGUAGCAAAGGCUUUUGUUGUGUUGAAGAAACCUAGCAGUGAAAUCACAGAGGAAAAGCUGAAAAUAUUCGUCGCAGGCCAAGUUCGACCACACAUGCAUCUUCAUGGGGGCGUCAAGAUCGUCGAGAAGAUACCACAGAACGGCCUCGGCAAAGUCAAUAAGAAACAGCUUGAGCUGCUUCAUUAA